UGUUCCAUCGAGACUUUUUAUCCGUAUGUCAUUUCUUUUUAACAAAAGCUUUUAUCGUUUUAUAUUGAAAUUUUUUAAAGAUUCAACAUUAAUUCUACCAAAUUAGUUAUUGCCAUAUGAAUUGGCAAUCCACAUUCUUUCUUUUCUUGAUGCACGGACUCUUGGUCGAGCCGCAUGUGUAUCUUCAAACACCAAUAUGUAACAGAUCGAAUUCACCAUUUAACCGAGGGAAAAAUCCUGAUCAAACAAUAUCCACUCAACAACAACUGGGAGCUGAUGACGAUUAUGAAUUGGAUGAUAUUCAUGAUGAUCUUAUUGAAAGUGAUCAAGAUCUAAAUUCACAAUACAAUAAUGAAAGUAAAUUUGCUUCCAACAAAUGAUGGGAGCGGUUCGCAGCAAGAAGACUUGAAUUCAGAUAUAUGGAAUGGUGUAUCAUCACACUCAAGAACCAAAAUUAAUCAGAGUAGCAUAAAUAUACCAUCUGCUAUUCCGUCAACAUCUUUAUCAACUGUCUCCGCUCCAAUUUCAGAUAGGUCUUCUUCAGCCGACAAUCAAUUUAUAAGACGUUCCACGAGUUUAUUACAUCAUCCAACUACACAAUUACCUUCACCUCCUCUUCCUUCUCAUUUCCUCAUUCCUCCAUCUGCUUAUGUUCCGUAUAAUCUUCCCAUUCUUCCUAUGCAUCAAAAUGAAUCUGGUCAACCUGUAAUUAAUUGGAAAUACUUGUAUCAACAAAGAUCAUUAUUAGAACAUCAUUGGCGUAAAGGUAUUUAUUCAAUUCGAAAGUUACCAGGACACACCGAAAGCAUAUAUUGUGUUCAAUUUGAUGAACAUAAAAUUAUUAGUGGAAGUCGUGAUGAUACAAUUAAAAUUUGGGAUAUCAAAACUGGCUAUUGCAUUAGAACAUAUCGUGGACAUAGACAAUCUGUUUUAUGUUUACAAUAUGAUGAUGAUAUAAUAGUUAGUGGAAGUAGCGAUGCUACAAUUAUCAUUUGGAAUUUAGCUACGGGAGAAAUUAUACGUACAUUGGAGGGUCACAGUGAAAGUGUUUUGAAUUUACGGUUUAAUGAAAAUCAUAUCGUAAGUUGUUCAAAAGAUCGAACAGUACGAAUUUGGAGACGCGAGACGGGGUCAUGUCUUCGAGUAUUAUGCGGACAUCGUGCAGCAGUUAAUGCUAUACAAUUUAAAGAUGAUUAUGUUGUUUCAGCUUCGGGAGAUCGAACAAUUAAAUUAUGGUCUUUAGCAUCAGGACAAUGUCUUCGUACUUUUGAUGGACAUUCACGAGGAAUUGCCUGUAUCCAAUUUGAUGGAAAUAUUAUUAUCUCUGGGUCAAGUGAUAAAACUAUAAAAGUUUUUGAUGUACAUACAGGAGCUUGUUUAUCCACUCUUGCUGGUCAUACUGAUCUUGUAAGAACCCUACAAUUUGAUAAAAAUAGGAUUGUUAGUGGAAGUUAUGACGAAACCCUUAGAGUUUGGGAUCUUAAAACAGGAGAAUUACAAUCUAAUCUAAUUCAUGGACAUACAAGCAGAGUUUUUAAACUUCAAUUCAAUACCACUAAAAUUAUAAGCUGUUCUCAGGAUCAAAAAAUAAUCAUAUGGGAUUUUGCCCAUAAUGUGGAUACAACAUUCCUAGUUUAUUUAAAAGAAAAAAAAAAAAAAAAAAAAAUA